AUGGAUGAAUUUGAGGACGAAGAUGAAUAUGAUUCUUAUUUAAAUAUUGGUGAUGGGAAUGAUCAUGAUGAUAAUGAUGAGCAUGAUGAGAUCAACCAGGAUAAUGAGCUAGCAUCUGCUUUCUUCUCGCAUAUUAAUGUUGAGUCAGCUAUGGCUCCUGAGUUCAGUGAAUUAGAAGAAAUUCCACCUUUCAGUCAAAAUGAAGAGUUACAUAUCGGAAAGAUGUUUAGCAAUGUUCGUGUUUUGAGACGUGCGGUCAAGUUAUACUCUGUUCGAGUUCAUCACACAUUCAAGGUCUAUUAUUCAUGUAACAAGUAUGAAGAAUAUCGAUGCAUUAACUAUGGUGAAAGCUGCUAUUGGAGAGUAAGAGCUUGUAAGAAGGAAAACAGAAACUUUUGGCAAAUUACAAAAUAUGGGGGGCCCCACACAUGCUUAAGCACAUCACUAACUCAAGACCAUCCAAAGUUAGAUGCUGAUGUUAUAUCAUCUUGUAUCAUAGCAAUGGUAACUGAUAAGCCAGAUGUGAAAGUAUCUCAAAUUAUAGAGAGGAUGCAAUCCAUGUUUGGUUAUAUAGUGUCAUAUAAGAAGGCUUGGAAUGCAAAACAAUUAGCCAUUGCCGUUGCUUUCGGGAAUUGGGAGAUCUCAUAUUCCUUACUCCCAAGGUGGUUAGCCGCAGUACAACACUUCAUGCCUGGAUCAUACGUACAAUUUUCAAAUAAACAGUGCUCUCAAGUCAAUGCGAAUGGGGAACCAGUUGAAAUGUUUCGCCGUGUGUUUUGGGCAUUCAAGCCAUGCAUUGAUGCAUUUCCACAUUUGAAGCCCAUUAUACAAGUUGAUGGAACAUUUUUAUAUGGAAAGUAUAAGGGCACGUUACUAAUGGCUAUAUCACAAGAUGGUGACAGAAAUGUUGUGCCGCUUGCAUUUGCGGUAGUUGAAGGGGAGACAAGAUCAGCUUGGACAUGGUUCUUAUACCAUGUGCGUCAUUGGUAUGCGUAUGAACGUCAUGUUGUUGACCAACAAUUAGCAGAGAUAGUAUUGCAACAUGCAUCUGCUGCUAGAUGGAUUGGAGCCAUCCCCAAAGAAAAAUGGUCACGUGCAUAUGACGUUGAAGGUCGACGUUAUGGACACAUGACAACUAACCUUGCAGAGUGCAUGAAUGGUGUAUUCAAAGGUGCUCGAAGUCUACCCAUAACUGGUUUAGUUAAAGCGACCAUGUAUAGAGUUAACAACUAUUUUGUAAAGCGUGCCCAACAAGUUCAUGCGCAAAUUGCAGCUGGUCAAGUGUUUUCUGAGACACUAACAAAGAAGUUAGACAUAGUAACACAAGGUGCAUCUGGAUGUGUUGUUCGAGAGUUUGAUAGAAUAUCAACAUCAUUUGAGGUUAUCGAGCCAUACAAUAUUCAACUUCGUCAAUUUCGUCGUUGUUGCAAGGUUAACUUGAUUGAUAGAAAAUGUGAUUGUGGAGAAUUUCAAGCAGAAAAGUUUCCAUGUAUGCAUGCUGUUGCAGCUUGCUCACAAGUAGGCAUUAACCAUUUGCAAUAUGUUGAUCCUGUUUUUAGGUUAGAAACCAUGCAAAUGGCUUACAGUAACAACUUUCAUCCAAUAGGAGAUGAGACUUACUGGCCGCAAAUUGAUUGCCCUACUCUAAUACCUGAUCCAUCAAUGAUUAGAGAUAAAGGCCGUCCUCGUUCAAGUCGCAUACGUAAUGAGAUGGAUUGGACCACACCCAACCCACCCAACAAAUGUGGAUUAUGUAGACAAAUUGGUCAUAAUCGCUCUACUUGUCCUCAAAGAGUGGCAUCCAGACAAUAA